UCGGCCAUUUUUUCUUAUUUCCUCUCUCAGUCCGUCCAUCCAUCCAUCCAUCUAUCUCCUUCUUCAUCCCUACAAACCCUCCUCUCUCCCUCCAUAAAAUGGAUAGAAAACAUGUCAAAUACUGUGUGGUGGACGCGUUCACCGACUCACCUUUCAAGGGGAACCCUGCUGCGGUUUGCUUGUUAGAGGAAGAUAAAGACGACGAGUGGCUACAAUCCUUGGCUGCCGAGUUCAAUGUCUCUAUGACCUGUUACCUAACUCGAACCGCUGACUCAUCCACCGACACUUCAAAUCCCAGGUUCCGUCUCAGAUGGUUCACCCCUAUCACCGAGGUUGAUAUCUGUGGGCAUGCAACCUUGGCAUCUGCACAUUUUCUUUUCUCUGGUGGUUUGGUCCAUUCCAGCACAAUUGAAUUUGAGACUCUAUCUGGAAUUCUAACAGCGAAAAAGGUUCAAGAUGGGAAAGCAAUCAAUUUCUCCCAAGCUCAGAAUGGUGAAGCCAAGAAGCUGUCGUUUUUAAUUGAAUUGGAUUUUCCUAUAUUCCCAACGACUGAAUUCAUCUCUAGUGAAGUUUCAACUAUUGCUAGAGCCUUGAAUGUGGCUUCUAAUUCCAUAGUCGAGAUUAAGAAGACAACUAAGUUGGGCACUAUAUUGGUUGUACUUACUUCAUGGAAGUCUGUUAUUGAGUUGGAACCAAACUUCGAUGAAAUAAUGAAGUGUCCUGGGAGGGGAAUAAUUGUCUCAGCCGAAGCUCCUCAAGACUCUGAAUUUGAUUUUUGCAGUCGAUUCUUUUUUCCGAAAUAUGGUAUCAAAGAGGAUCCUGUUUGUGGAAGUGCUCAUUGUUCUUUAACACCAUAUUGGAGUCAGAAGCUGAAGAAAUUUGAUUUCUUAGCAUAUGCGGCCUCAUCAAGAAGCGGUGUACUAAACAUUCACUUAAAUACCGACAGCCAAAGGGUCCUUCUUCGGGGGAAAGCUGUUGUUAUAAUGGAAGGUCGUAUUCUUGUUUAGAUUUUUCAAUAAUUAAAAUUCUCAACCACUAAACAUAUAAUUAUUGUGUUAAUGUUAUAUCUGAAUUUUUAUUGUAUCAAAAAUAUUUGGAAAUAUUUUAUUUUUCA